GACGCGCGAGAAGCGCAGUCCCCCCGGAAAGGCGCGGUCCUCUCCCAGCCGCCUCUCCCCGCCAGCAUGACGGUCGCCACGGGCGACCCGUCCGACGAGGCGGCGGCGCACCCGGGCCAGCCGCUGGACUACGACCCGGAGGCGGAUCACGAGUGCUGCGAGCGGGUGGUGAUCAACAUCUCCGGGCUCCGUUUCGAGACCCAGCUCAAGACCCUGUCGCAGUUCCCCGAGACGCUGCUCGGGGACCCCAAAAAGAGGAUGCGCUACUUCGACCCGCUGCGCAACGAGUACUUUUUCGACCGGAACAGACCCAGCUUCGACGCCAUCCUCUACUACUACCAGUCAGGCGGGCGGUUGAGAAGGCCGGUGAACGUCACGCUGGACAUCUUCUCCGAGGAGAUCCGCUUCUACGAGCUGGGCGACGAAGCCAUCGAGAUAUUCCGCGAGGACGAAGGCUUCAUCAAGGAGGAGGAGCGCCCGCUCCCCGACAACGAGUUUCAGAGACAAGUGUGGCUGCUUUUCGAGUACCCGGAGAGCUCGGGUCCGGCUCGGAUUAUCGCCAUCAUCUCCGUCAUGGUCAUCUUGAUCUCCAUCGUCAGCUUCUGCCUGGAGACCCUCCCCGUCUUCCGCAACGACGAGGACGACAUGCACAAGUCCCACGCUCAGAUCUUUUCCCCCGAGACCAACACCACGGUCAUCCGGUACACGUCUACCUACUUCACCGACCCCUUCUUCAUCCUGGAAACGCUGUGCAUCAUCUGGUUCUCCUUUGAGUUUCUGGUGCGCUUCUUUGCCUGCCCCAGCAAAGCGGGCUUCUUUGGCAACCUCAUGAACAUUAUUGACAUCGUGGCCAUCAUCCCGUAUUUCAUCACGCUGGGCACGGAGCUGGCAGACAGUCCGGACGACGGCCAAGCCGGACAGCAGGCCAUGUCUUUGGCCAUCCUCAGGGUGAUCCGUCUGGUGCGAGUGUUCCGAAUUUUCAAGCUCUCACGCCACUCCAAGGGGCUUCAGAUCCUGGGCCAGACCCUCAAAGCCAGCAUGAGGGAGCUGGGACUGCUCAUCUUCUUCCUCUUCAUCGGCGUCAUUCUCUUCUCGAGCGCGGUGUUCUUUGCGGAGGCCGACGAGCCGCAGUCCCAAUUUCAAAGCAUCCCGGACGCCUUCUGGUGGGCUGUGGUCUCCAUGACCACGGUGGGCUACGGCGACAUGGUGCCCACCACCAUCGGGGGCAAGAUCGUGGGCUCCUUGUGUGCCAUCGCCGGCGUGCUGACCAUCGCUUUGCCGGUACCCGUCAUCGUCUCCAACUUCAACUACUUCUACCACCGGGAGACGGAAGGAGAGGAGCAGGCGCAGUACCUCCAGGUCAACGUGCCCAAGAGCGAGUCGGGCGAGGAGCUGAGGAAGAGUCGCAGCGGAUCCACCAUCAGCAAGUCGGACUACAUGGAAAUCCAGGAAGCGGUCAACAACAGCAACGAGGACUUCCGCCAGGAGAACCUCAAGACGGCCAACUGCACGCUAGCCAACACAAACUACGUCAACAUCACCAAGAUGCUUACAGACGUGUAGAGAUGAGAAAACAGAAUACAACGGCAAUAGAAUUCAGGAAUGAGAUGCUUUUCACGCCACGCUUCAUUCCUGCCUUUGACGCGGUCAAACCGAGCCAGAUUUUUUUCCUUUGCAUUUGCAUGGAGACUUUUAGAAGGAAGGAAAAACUCAAAUGUCACAUCAAUGCCAACCUUGAGAAGAAAAAAUAGCUUUUGAAAAGUUAAGAGCACACUGCAGUCACCUGAUC